AUGAUGCAGAUCUACCUCCCCACUCUAUUUUCACCACUGUGCAUGGCGAGAAGAGUGAAUGAUGCAUUGAAGUUAAUGAAGGAGCAUGUCGAGUCCCGUAGAGUCCAUGGUCCGAUUGAGCACAUGAGGCCACAUGUACACUUUCCCCAUGCACUAGCGAGCAAGGCGUGGAAGUUCGCUGGAGUGACUCGUUGUCGUCAUCCUUUUGCUGUCUUCAAGGCCAAGAAUGUCGUCCCUAAGGACAUACAAGGCGGCAUCACUGAGUACGUCAAAUACUUAGCAUACAACCUGGAUUCGCUCGGAAAAACUGCGGAUUCUAUCCCUGAAAGUGAUGGGAAAUUAGUGGUUCUCAUAGACCUAGAAGGGUGGUCAAUGUCUCGAAAUGUCGACAUGUCAUUCGCCCGACAGUUUGUACGUCUUGCUCAGGACGAGUUCCCUGAACGCUUACACGCUGGGAUACUCGUUAAUAGCCCCUUUGUUUUUACUGCUUUCUGGCGUGUAUUGAAGCCUUGGCUGGACAGUCAAACGAGAGAGAAGAUUGACAUUUUGGGCAGCAAUUUUCAUGAUACUCUAGUGAGCAGGUUUUUGGACAAGGAGCAACUGGAAGCAGUAUAUGGUGGAACGCAUCGACCCUAUCCAGACACUGUUGAACAUACUCUGUCAUUCUUAUAA